CCAGCGUGCUGACCGCAACGGCAGCGGCCCAAUUCAAUGUUAAUUGUCUAAAAUGACCUAGCUACUUCUAGACACAAGUGAUAGAAAUACUUCUGAACACGUUGACCAUUUUACUCACCCAGCAGAGCUGCUUCGGUUGUUUAUGUAAUCUAGAGAGUUGGUGACUGUAUUUGUGCUGCAGGCAAUCAUUUACAUCAUUUUUUUUUUGCCGAUGUUUAAUUGAUCCCGGUCACAUUGAACCGGCGUUGCGCAUUCAUAAAUUCAACAGUUAUUCUGCUCCCUGGUACCCAGAAGCUCUGGUCGGACUGGACAGAGGGAUUUCAGGUCAACAAUGACAUUUUUCUUCUCGUUUUUGGGACACAGUAAUAUAGUUUGUUGUGGCUCGCUUCGGUUUUUAACUGAGUAGCAACGUUUUGCGGAAUCAUUUGCUUCCAACAAGUGUGCAAAAUUAGGCAUCAUGUUAGCCCACCGUGCUAGCUAGCUAAUCCCGUAGCUACCUGCACUGGACAGAUGACAAUUUCACUCCAAAUUCUCAAAGAAAUCACUAUCCCAGUUCUAUGUUCAGUACAUGAGCUAACUAACCUAACUAUAAAAUGAUGGAUUCAAAGAGAGACAUGAAAGAUCAAGAAACCGAGAGGGUCUCCAAGGUGACAGCUGUGCUGCUGAAGUCCCGGACAGGAGAGUUUGAUCUGGAAUCUAUUCUGUUCCUGAAGCUCCGAGGUCUCGGGAUUUAUGAUCUAGGCUGUAUCGGGGACUGUAUAAAUCUGGAGAGACUGGAUCUGUCUGGUAACAACAUCACGAACCUGGCUCCACUCUCUUCUCUGAGACUAUUACAGAUACUCAAUGUGUCAGCCAACAGGAUCUCUAACUUAGAAGACAUUUCCUGCUGUGACAGUUUACAGAGCCUAAAUGUGGCUGGGAACCUCAUAUCCAGUAUUGACAACAUCCACUGCCUUCAGUCUUUGAGGAAGCUGGAGAAUAUCCGCCUGAAAGACAACACCUAUAAUUACACCAACCCAGAAACCGAGAGGGUCUCCAAGGUGACAGCUGUGCUGCUGAAGUCCCGGACAGGAGAGUUUGAUCUGGAAUCUAUUCUGUUCCUGAAGCUCCGAGGUCUCGGGAUUUAUGAUCUAGGCUGUAUCGGGGACUGUAUAAAUCUGGAGAGACUGGAUCUGUCUGGUAACAACAUCACGAACCUGGCUCCACUCUCUUCUCUGAGACUAUUACAGAUACUCAAUGUGUCAGCCAACAGGAUCUCUAACUUAGAAGACAUUUCCUGCUGUGACAGUUUACAGAGCCUAAAUGUGGCUGGGAACCUCAUAUCCAGUAUUGACAACAUCCACUGCCUUCAGUCUUUGAGGAAGCUGGAGAAUAUCCGCCUGAAAGACAACACCUAUAAUUACACCAACCCAGUUUGUAAGAACUCGUCCUACAGAAACAUUCUCCUGGAGAUGUUCCCAAACAUCAGAGUGUUGGAUGGUGAAAGAGUGGUUGGACGUGGGAGUGAUUUAUAUAAAUUAUGCAAAGACAUUGAUGAAACUAUCAAAGCUGGUUUCUAUAGGAAUGGCCAGUUACCAGAGCUGCCUGGCUGUAAGCCCUGGGUCGACAACGACUUCUGGGAAAUCAAGAGAUCCAGCAACGCCAUUAUAGACGAGGCCUACAAACAGUUCAAUGACGUCCUUCAUGAAUGCAGACUGCUGAACAACAGAGCGACACACGUCAUCUCACAGACAGAGAGAUCUCUGAGCCUCAAGAACCAGCCAAAGCAGUACUCUGUUUAAAAUGUGGUUUACAACAGGCAACAUUGAUUGUGAAGUGUGUUUGUGUGAUAUGUGUUACUUACAUGAAACUAUGUCAUGGCUUCAUGUAUUAAUGAUGCUGAUUUAUAUCCGAAUGCUUGACCCAGUGCCAGAACCUUGACAUGCUCAGCAUUACGUUGCAGACAGUGCUGCAUAGUGACACCUAGAGGAUAUAUAACUACCCUUGGGUCUAGUGUAGCCAAUGCAAAGCCUCCUACCCCCUUGGGUCUAGUGUAGCCAAUGUAAAGCCUCCUACCCCCUUGGGUCUAGUCUAGUGUAGCCAAUGUAAAGCCUCCUACCCCCUUGGGUCUAGUGUAGCCAACGUAAAGCCUCCUACCCCCUUGGGUCUAGUCUAGCCAAUGUAAAGCCUCCUACCCCCUUGGGUCUAGUCUAGCCAAUGUAAAGCCUCCUGCCCCCUUGGGUCUAGUCUAGUGUAGCCAAUGUAAAGCCUCCUGCCCCCUUGGGUCUAGUCUAGUGUAGCCAAUGUAAAGCCUCCUGCCCCCUUGGGUCUAGUCUAGUGUAGCCAAUGUAAAGCCUCCUACCCCCUUGGGUCUAGUGUAGCCAAUGUAAAGCCUCCUACCCCCUUGGGUCUAGUGUAGCCAACGUAAAGCCUCCUACCCCCUUGGGUCUAGUCUAGUGUAGCCAAUGCAAAGCCUCCUACCCCCUUGGGUCUAGUGUAGCCAAUGUAAAGCCUCCUACCCCCGUGGGUCCCUGCUUUAGCCAAUGUAAAGCCUCCUACCCCCGUGGGUCCCUGCUUUAGCCAAUGUAAAGCCUCCUACCCCCUUGGGUCUAGUGUAGCCAACGUAAAGCCUCCUACCCCCUUGGGUCUAGUCUAGCCAAUGUAAAGCCUCCUGCCCCCUUGGGUCUAGUCUAGUGUAGCCAAUGUAAAGCCUCCUACCCCCUUGGGUCUAGUCUAGUGUAGCCAAUGUAAAGCCUCCUACCCCCUUGGGUCUAGUGUAGCCAAUGUAAAGCCUCCUACCCCCGUGGGUCUAGUGUAGCCAAUGAAAAGCCUCCUACCCCCUUGGGUCUAGUGUAGCCAACGUAAAGCCUCCUACCCCCUUGGGUCUAGUCUAGUGUAGCCAAUGCAAAGCCUCCUACCCCCUUGGGUCUAGUGUAGCCAAUGUAAAGCCUCCUACCCCCGUGGGUCCCUGCUUUAGCCAAUGAAAAGCCUCCUUACCCCCUUGGGUCUAGUGUAUCCAAUGAAACACCUCCUACCCCCUUGGGUCUAGUCUAGUGUAGCCAAUGUAAGCCUCCUACCCCCUUGGGUCUAGUGUAGCCAAUGUAAAGCCUCCUACCCCCUUGGGUCUAGUGUAGCCUAGCCUAGACUCUUAGAAAAAAAGGUGCUAUCUACAACCGAAAAGGGUUCUUCGGCUGUCCCCAUAGGAGAACCCUUUUUGGUUCCAUGUGGUACCCUUUCCACAGAAGGUUUUACCUGGAACCAAAAAGGGUUCUUUUUUGGGACUUUUUUGGAACAGUUUUUUUCUAAGAGUUUACCUGCCUGUGUAGCCUACAGAUCAUACAGGCUAGCACUACCGACUCCUACCCUCUAUAGCAGGGGUGGGCAAACCUUUUGGCUCGAGGGCCACAUCGGGAUUUUGAAAUUCAAUGGAGGGGAGCAUUUUUUGGGAGAUAAAUUUUGUUAAAAUCAAUUUGCGGGAGCCUCUCGAGUGGCGCAGCGGUCUAAGGUACUUCAUCGCAGUCUUUGAGGCGUCACUAGAGACCUGGGUUCGAUCCCAGGCUGGCCAGUUCCUGGGAGACCCAUGAGGCGGCACACAAUUGGCCCAGUGUCAUCUGGGUUAGGAGAGGGUUUGACAGGCCAAGAUUAACAUUUCCCAUCGCGCUCUAGUUACUCCUGUGGCGGGCCGGGCACAUGGCCCCUGACACGGUUGCCAGGUGUACGGUGUAUACAGAACAUUGGUGCGGCUGGCUUCCGGGUUAAGCGGGCGUUGUGUCAAGAAGCAGUGUGGCUUGGCUGGGUCGUGUUUCGUGGGACGCACAACUCUCAACCUUCGCCUCUCCAUAUGGGAGUUGCAGCGAUGGGACAAAACUACCUACCAAUUGGAAACCACGAAAUUGGGGAGAAAUAAACAGGUAAUGUCUUCAGGCUUCUACAGGCUUCUACCCUCUACAGACUUCUACCCUCUACAGAUGUCUACAGACUUCUACAGACUUCUACCCUCUACAGACGUCUGCCCUCUACAGACUUCUACCCUCUACAGGCUUCUACAGGCUUCUACCCUCUACAGGCUUCUACAGGCUUCUACCCACUACAGACUUCUACCCACUACAGACUUCUACCCUCUACAGACUUCUACCCUCUACAGACUUCUACCCUCUACAGACUUCUACCCUCUACAGACUUCUACCCUCUACAGACUUCUACCCUCUACAGACUUCUACCCUCUACAGACCUCUACCCUCUACAGACCUCUACCCUCUACAGACAGACCUCUACAGACAGACCUCUACCCUCUACAGACAGACGUCUACCCUCUACAGACAGACGUCUACCCUCUACAGACAGACCCUCUAGAGACAGACGUCUACCCUCCUGAGUGCUAAGUAGCCUACAGGCUCCAGUUCCAACCAACUCUGUGGGUUCAGACCCAUUGUCUUACAUCAGAUAACGAUGAUUCCGCUUAUCGUCGGUUGAGGGACGACCAUUGCGUAGGAUUGACGCCACCUGACGUAAGACAAUGGGUGCAGACGUGGAUCCAUAUUGACACCACUUGGGUGCCAUAAGGUGUUUACUGUGCUCACUAUGCACAGCGCUGUGUGUUGAGUGAUGCUGAGCCAUGCUGCUAUUACAAUACAACUUAGUAACUUGUUACUAUUGUUUAAAACUAUCAACAUUAUCAAAGCUUAUCCAUAUUGCACUACUUCAUCAUUGAUGGUGAAGUGUUUGUUUUAUUAUGCUGGCAUUGGGAGUGAUGCUUAUGUAGUGAAUUAAUUCUGCACAGUUUGAGUUGUUUCUACUUGUUUUGCUACCGUUAAUAAGGCCAACGCUAGCAGUACAUGGAAAAUACUAUCUGCCAUUAAAAUGACUAAUAAACAGGCGGAAUUGCU